AUGCCUAUCUUUCUUGCUGUUGAAAAACAGAAGAUUGCUCCAAGACCACCCCCUCAGCCUACUGAUAGAGAUUCCUCCAGUGGCAAUAACAACUUGUUGGAGUCAGUCUUGGCUGCACUUCAACAACAAAAUGCAAAUCUGAUCCAGCAAAAUGCCAAUUUAGCCCAACAGAACGCACUGGCCUUGCAGAAUUCAGAGGCCGCUAGAGUCUCAGCAGAGGCAACCCAAAGGCAAAUAAUGGAAAUGAUGACGAGCGAGAUGCAUUCUGGCAGACCGUCCGGUUCGUCACUGAACAACCAGGGUGAAUGGAGUCUGGAGAGCUUUCUCCAGCACCGUCCGGCUAAGUUUGACGGGAAGUGUAGUGCUGACGAGGCCAAUCACUGGCUUCGUGACAUGGAGAGGAUUUAUGACGGCAAGAGGUGUGGAGAUGAGAACCGUCUGGCGUUUACUGAGUAUCUGCUAACCGGAGAGGCCGGUCAUUGGUGGAGUAGUACCAAGAUGCUGUUGGAGGAUGAACACACCCUUAUUACAUGGGAAUGUCCGGUUCGCAAAGAGGUGGAGUUCCUUCAGUUAGUACAAGGAGGAAUGACGGUGUCUGAGUAUGCCAACAGAUUCAAGCAGCUAAUGAGCCACUGUAUCCAGAAGUUCCUUGCCUUAGUAGAAAGAGCUAAGGUAUUAGAGAAGAAUCUGAUGGACGCUGAGAGGCGCAAGAAGCAACAGCAGCCAAGCUCUAAGGGGCUUAUCUUUUCAAGGGGCAACUCUGGUCCCAGGACGACCCCUUACUCUCGGCCCAUGGCAUCCACGGGUCCUUCUGCGUUGGUCGUUCGGCCUGUUAACUACGCCAGACCGUCCAGUCAACCGGGGAGUGUGAACUGUUUCAUCUGUGGAGGAUCCCAUUUCAUGAAAGACUGCCCUAAACAAGGAAAUGCCAAGUACUGUGUCCGGUGUAGAAGGAAUUGA